AUUAUGAUUAUUGAAGUUUGACAGCUCCGGGACCAAGUAUUUUGGUCUCCUUUCGAAAGCAAAUAUCAUCCACGUCUUGUUGCUCAAUAAAAAUAUCUCAUUCGGGCCUUUUUCAAUAUGUCUUCUGCGACCACUAAAACAUUGUCAGAAUUCUCUUUGGCCUGCUCGUCCAUAUAUAUAGAGAUAGAGAGAGAGAGACUGUAGAAAAGAAAGGGCAUGGCCAUCAGAGAAAACAUAGAGAAUGAUAACGAUGGUGCGCUUGAAGACGCAAGAGAACCACUCAUGCCGAAGAAUUCAUCUUACGAAGAAGGAUCUGGCUCUCAGUGUAGCAGCAACAAUACUGGUACUGCUUGGAUGGUUUACCUCAGCACAUUUGUUGCAGUUGCUGGUUCUUUUGAAGUUGGAUCCUGUUCUGGCUAUUCAUCACCAACUCAGAAGGCUAUGAGGGAAGAUCUGUCUUUGUCUAUAGCAGAGUAUUCCUUGUUUGGUUCCAUAUUGACAGUUGGUGCAAUGAUUGGUGCAAUCACAAGCGGACCAAUUGCUGAUUAUAUUGGUCGAAAAGGGGCGAUGAGAUUUUCUAGCACCUUCUGUGUUGCAGGAUGGCUUGCCAUUUACUUUGCUAAGGGCGCUCUGGCAUUGGACAUUGGGAGAUUGGCAACUGGAUAUGGAAUGGGAGCCUUGUCCUUCGUGGUACCUGUUUUUAUAGCUGAAAUUGCACCCAAAAACCUUAGAGGAACAUUAACAACUGUGACUCAGCUUAUGGUUGCUACUGGAGUGUCUGUUGCAUUCAUAAUAGGAACAGUACUGAGAUGGAGGGUUUUGGCUUUGACUGGAGUUAUCCCUUGUGUAAUUCUGCAUGUUGGCCUAUUUCUCAUUCCGGAGUCUCCCAGAUGGCUGGCAAAGAGAGGGCGUGAAAAAGAGUUUGAAACCACAUUACAGAAACUUCGUGGCAGGGCUGCUGAUAUAUCUUACGAGGCAAUUGAAAUCAAGGAUUAUACAGAAACUCUGGAACGCCUCCCAAAAGCCAAACUGCUAGACCUAUUCCAAAGAAGAAACCUGCACUCAGUCCUUAUAGGAGUUGGAUUGAUGGUUUUGCAACAAUUUGGAGGAAUCAAUGCAGUUUGCUUUUAUGCUAGCUCUAUCUUUGAAGUAGCAGGAUUUUCUCCGUCUCUUGGAACCAUAAUCUAUGCCAUCCUUCAGGUUGUGGUUGUUGCCCUAAACACAACCAUUAUAGAUAAAGUUGGAAGAAAGCCUCUUUUACUGUUUUCUGCAUCAGGACUGGUCAUCGCCUGCCUAAUAACUGGGCUUUCAUUCUAUCUGAAGGUUCAUGAAUUGGCACUCAAGUCAGCUCCCAUGCUCGCUGUAAUUGGCAUAUUGCUAUUUAUAGGAACAUUUUCGGCAGGAAUGGGUCCAAUUCCUUGGGUUAUAAUGUCAGAGAUAUUCCCUUUGAAUAUCAAAGGAGUUGCUGGAAGCCUAGCAACACUAGUGAACUGGUUCUGUGCAUGGGCAGUUUCCUUCACCUUCAACUUCCUUAUGUCCUGGAGCUCCUAUGGUACAUUUAUUCUUUAUGCUGCGAUCAAUGCGAUGACCAUAGCGUUUGUGGCAUUGCUGGUGCCAGAAACAAAAGGAAGAACCCUGGAACAAAUUCAAGCAGCCAUACGUUGAUGCUUAGAGCUGGAAACAAAGCACACGCUAUCUCUAAUGAUAUAG